AUGUACGUCGCAAUGAAAACGGAAACGUUCGCGAAAUUAUUCUUCCUUAUAAGUUUCACUGGUUUGAUUAUGUACGCCGUUUUAGCAUUCUAUACCUUUCAUACGGCCUACACGACCGUCGCUGAUCUCGAAAAAUAUAACCAGAACUACCCUAUUGCUGACAUGAACCCAAAAGUGGACAGAUUUUACACGGACUUGAAGUAUAUCCUCAUUUGGACAACUCCGGAGUAUUUUCAGAAUCCGCUAGGUGAAGGGCAAGGCCCAUUCGUCAAAUACGACUGCCCUUACUAUAACUGUUACUUGACAACGAAAAAAGAUCUCCUGAAUGGAGAUUACAAGAAUUUUGAUGCUGUGUUUAUGGAUAUAAAUCUGCUGAGAAAAUGGAAGAAAAUGACGUUACCAAGGUCAAGAUCUCAAACACAGAAGUACAUCUUCCAUGGUAUGAGGUCUUCGGACGAGACACCGAUCUGUACCAUCAAUGCGGACAACUACUUCAAUUGGACGUGGUCAUACAAACUGUCUUCAGACAUAGUGACCCCAUUUAUCGAAGUGCGAGAUUAUGAAGGGAAUCAAAUAGCACCAAGAGUCAAAGUCCAAUGGAAGAAGGAUAUGACCAAAAUUUCUGAUAUUGAGAAGGAAAAGAUGAAGACGAAAACGAAGGCUGUGGUUUGGGUCAUGAACAGUUGCAGCACAAGGACCAACAGGAUGGUUUUCGUCAAGCAACUGCGCGAUGCCUUACGGGAACACUCUUUGGAACUAGAUAUUUAUGGAUGUAAGAUGUUCACUUGUCCCGGGAACGAUUGCAUGAAGCUUGUGGAAAGAGAUUAUUAUUACUAUUUGGCUUAUGAAGAUAGUAACGCUGAAGAUUACGUAACUGAGGAGGUGCUGAAAGCGUACCAUCAUAAUGCUGUGCCGAUCGUGAAAGGUGGCGCUAAUUACAAACAGUUCCUCCCAGACGGGUCGUACCUCGACGCUUCAGUUAGUGAUCCUCGAAAAAUAGCAGCGGCAGUAGACCACAGCAUCAAAAACCUGGAAAUCUACUACGACUACCACAGAUGGAGGAACCAUUACACCAUCAAGAAGUCCGAAUAUUGGAAGGGACUGUGUCAACUCUGUGAGCUCCUGCAUUCUAAGGCGAACCUAGAAACUUACAGUUCUUAUGAUAAGUUUAGGACCUGGUGGUAUACCGAUCCGUUGAAGGAAAGGUGUUACCCCAAAGGUGCUGAGAGCAUGGUAGAUGUACUGUCGUAUUUGAAUAGCACUAAAAGGGUGAAGCGAACUGUUUCAGUUUGA